AUGGACGGUGUGCAGUACCAGAUAGAGCAGCUGCAGUACGCCCUCGCGCAGCUGGACCCGUAUCGCAUGCUGGCGCCAGAGGACGCCUCCCAGCUGCAGCUGGGCCUUGCGAACACAACAGCGAUUGCCCGUCGUGUAGUGGAGCGGCAGUCCCGCCGAACGUUUCCGAUGCGGCUGGCGGGCGUGAGUGUGUCUGGCAGCGUUCGACCCACACUUCCCAGUGUGAGCCCCUUCACCUCCUCGCCUUCGAGGGAGACGCCUCGGAAGGAGCCCUGUGACGGCUCCGGCAAUGGCCUAACGUCUGCUGGGGGGAAAGGGAGUGACGCAGGGGAGUCCUUGCCGCAGCACGGUGAGAGGGAGGGCGAGGGAGGAUGCUUCUACGAGUCAGUUCUUAGCGUCGCCACGCAGCACGGGGUUUCAGUGGAAGAGAUUCGUCGCUACAAUCCACAGCUGUCGGAGUACAACGAUGAGGAUGUGCUUCCAAGGAACACAUACAUUAAGAUGAAGCUGCAAAUGUACCCACAGCCCCACCGUGAAGACGACACGGAGCAGGCGACGGUUGAUGCUCGUGCAGAAACACGGCAACCUCGCCCAGGCGACACCGUGUCAUCAGAGCCCCCUAUGCCGUUAGCACCAUUACCAACCAUUCAAGAGGCACUGCGCCGUCCCAUGAAUUCGAACGCCAUGCUGGCGCGAGGUGGUGGAGGUUCUUCACCCCUUGGGCCUCGCGCGGAUAGCGCGGACUCACCGGAUGGGCCACUGAUGCAACUACCCUCCCCUUCCCCUGACAGAUCGGGCGUGGCACGAAGAGGAAAUCUCACCAGCCACUCCAUCGCAAGUAAACUCCAUGACCAUAGCCAUACAAUCGACAUAAAUUCCAUGCACUCUGCUGUUGCCCCUGCCCCUGUGGCUGCCGCGGGUGCCGGCAAUGGUUCUGCCGUGACAGAGGUUUCCAAGGGCACUUUAAGUGCCCAAAACCUUGCCGAGGUGGAAACCAUGGCAGCUGAGGCUGCUCCAAGUUCUUUUUCCGCCUCGAAGUUUGGCAAGCCUUCGCUUACCCAGCACAAGAACACCGUGCCCUCAGCUAAUACCCGUGCUAUUUCGAGAUAUGCAAACAGGCUGUGGGCCGGCGAUUAUGAUUAUUCCCUCACGACAGAAUCAUCUUCCUUUCACUCUACUCUUACACCAACUCCGAACAUGUCGCCGCAGCCAAACAAAAAGAACAACCAGGUGGAAUCUGGAAACUCAAGGAGGGGUGCAUUGGGAGCUGCAGCUACCCCGCCACCGUCGCUGGCAGCAAAAAAAAGUGGCGGAUGA